AAUCUUCAGACACGCAUGUAAAAUAAAACUAUGGCACUUAUAAAAUAAACUUAUAAAGCACAUGUAACGGUCGGUAUAAUCCUUGUAUGGAAAUUGAGAAGUAAACAUAAGAGAGGUAAUAAAAGUAUUGGUCGAAGAAAUCUCCGAGAAAAUAGCAAGCGAAACACAAUUAACAACAAUGGCCUUCCGUUCCAUCUUCAACAAAGCUAACCAACAAUUUCGAGAAAACAUCUUGUUCUCCUCCGCAAUGAGUGACGACGAGGCAUUCGAGGACACCGGGACGGGAACACCUCUGUCGAAGAUCGCCUGUUCUUUCGAAGAGUUGUCGGAGAUUGUCAAGUCUAGUUUGGAUUCUGAUUAUGAUCUCCGAUUGAAACCUUUUUGUGAAGCCUGCACUCUUGUUUCUAUACUCUUUGGUUGCCUCGGUAUCGCUUUUAAAUUUGCUGAGAUGGAGUAUACUGCUAAGGUACGUGGUCUUACGGAGGCAGCAAGCACAUAUGACACUUUAAAUAGAAUACUUGACCAAGAUAUGCAAAACGAGACUGUGAAAUCACCCGGAAGCCUAUCACGUAAUCUACGCAGAGUUAGGCAGGGCCUUGAUCUUAUUAGAGCUUUAUUUCUCAACUUUUUGUCAUCAGGUGAUCGUUCUCUAAAAGAAGCGGCUACGACAGCUUAUGGAGAUGUGUGUGCACCAUAUCACACGUGGGCAGUUAGGACAGCUGUUUAUGCUGGCAUGUGCGCGCUUCCAACAAGACAACAACUUUUGCUAAAGCUAAAUGAAACAGAAGAGACAGCAGAGAAAGAAAUGAAGAGGUAUAUAACAGCAGCUGCACCAAUCAUACAAUAUAUUGAUAAGUUAUACGUAAAAAGGAAUAUUAGCUUAGAUUGGUGACUGUUUCUGUGGCCAAGAUAUCCAUUUUUGCGCAAGCCUCUAAUUUGGCAGCUCAGAUGUUAUGGACGUCACUCGUCUUUGCUGUUUUGAUUUGGCCUUCAAAUUUAUGAACAGCAGAGGAGCUGGAAAUAGUUUCUAGGCAAUUUGGAGAACAAAGAGCUUACUUGUAUAUGUAUAUCGAAUAUUCAACUAAAUUAUCUAGAAGAUAAUGGGGGUUAUCGGUGUGGUUGCAUGAGUCGAUAUUGCAGGUUCAUAUCAGUGUAUUAAUAGUUGAUACUUGAUAUGUAAUCUGAUUACUUGGAGCACCCGUUAAUCCCAUGUUUCAGCUUCUAGGUAAUCCUUCCAUUUUUUAAACAAUGCAAGACUUCUGUGUUUA